AAUUCUGCUGCAAAAUUUAAAAAUUUUUGUAUAUCCAACAAUGUCUAAUAACGCUAAACUUACUAAAAAUUCAAAUGAGUAUAAUAUGAUUGAAGAUGCAAUUUCUAAAAAACUUAUUAAAUAUUAUGAAUUUGAACAAUUCAGCGAUCUGCAAGAAAUUGGUUUCGGAGGUUUUGGAAAAGUUUAUCGUACAAGUUGGAAGAAUUAUUACAAACAAUGUGCACUAAAAUCAUUUUUUAAUUUCAACGACUCUACAGUUAAAGAAAUUGUCCGUGAGAUUCAACUUCAGCGCGAAGUUGAUUUUCAUAAUAACAUUAUCCGUUUUUAUGGUGUCACAGCUUCCAGUAAAGAAAACCAAAGAAAAAAGUAUAUGCUAGUAAUGGAAUAUGCCGACAAUGGUACUCUCCGAAAAUAUUUGAAUGAAAAUCUUGAAAAUAUGUCUUGGAAUGACAAAUAUAAUCUUGCAUUCCAACUUGUUUGUGCAGUAUCAUGUUUACAUGGCGAAGGGAUCGUGCAUUGUGAUUUGCACUCCAAUAAUAUCUUAGUACAUCAGAAUACUGUCAAGCUAGCAGAUUUUGGCCUAUCAAAAAGAAUUGAAGAAACAUCCAACCCUCAAUCAAAAACAUUUGGAUUAAUUCCAUAUGCUGAUCCAAAAAGUUUUAAUAGAAGUACAGAAUUAUAUGUAUUAAGUAAAAAAAGUGAUGUUUAUAGCAUUGGCGUAUUGCUAUGGGAAAUAUCCAGUUGCCAGCCUCCCUUUCAUGGUAAACAAUAUGAUGUUGGUUUAGCUUUAGAUAUUUUACAAGGCCUUAGAGAAAAACCCACUCAUGAUACACCUGAAGAAUAUAUUAAAAUUUAUAUUGAUUGUUGGAAUAUUGAACCUGAUAAUCGUCCAACUAUUGAUCAAGUAGUUGAAGAACUAAAAGUACUCAUAACGAAAGAAAACAUAAUUAUCAAAGAUUUUCACUUAUAUAAUAAUACCAAUAAUUCUCUGUCAUCAAAUAACCAUCAACUUUCUGAUUCAACUGUUAAAAUUUCUGAGAGUACUAGUUCAAUACACGUAGAUUUACCUCAAGUUAUUCAAAAUUUUGAUAUGAUAAAUAUAAAAGAACUAGAACCAACAUUAUCAUCAAUUAGCCAAUUUAAGGAUAACUUUGAUAUAUUGGUUAAUAUUAUGUUCAAUUUUUUUAAUGAUACUGAUGAAAUAGGGAAGCAAAAGAUCUUAAGUUAUCUUAAUGAACAAAAUAUAACUUUGCUAGAGAUUAAUAAUUUAUUAUUAGAUAAUCAAAAUAACUCGCAUUCUAUUUACUUACUUGGAAAAUUUAAUCAUUUAGGAAUUGGAAUCAGCAUUGAUAAUCAAAAAGCAUUCGAGUUAUAUCAAGAAGCAGCAGAUUUAGGAAAUUCAUCUGGAAUAAAUGAUUUAGGAUAUUAUUAUUUAAAUUUAAAUGGAAUUGAAACUGAUAAUAAUAAGAAAAUGGCAUUUGAGUUAUAUCAAAAGGCAGCAGAAUUAGGAAAUUCAUCUGGAAUAAAUAGUUUAGGAUAUUGUUAUCGAAAUGGAAUUGGAACUAAUAUUAAUAAUAAAAAAGCAUUUGAAUUAUAUCAAAAGGCUGCAGAUUUAGGAAAUUCGUCUGGAAUUAGUAAUUUAGGAGUAUGUUAUGAAAAUGGAAUUGAAAUUAAUAUUGAUUAUCAAAAAGCAUUUAAAUUAUAUCAAAAGGCAGCAGAUUUAGGAAAUGCAUCUGGAAUAAAUAAUUUAGGAUAUUGCUAUGAAAAUGGAGUUGGUACUAUUGUUGAUAAUAAAAAACAUUUAAAUUAUAUCAAAAAGCAGCAGAUUUAGGAAAUGAAUAUGGAAUAAAUAAUUUAGGAUAUUGUUAUGAAAAAGGAAUUGGUACUGAUAUUGAUUGUCAAAAAGCAUUUGAAUUAUAUCA